UUGACUUCUUGUCGUCGUCUUCUUUCUCGAGUCCCCCCGCCUUAAAGCGCUCUUCGGUCGCAUCCCUUCGCUCCUUCCCCGCCCACCUCAGCCACAAUGAAGUUUCUCAUCGCCGCUGCCUCGUUGAUCGCCGCUGUGCAGGCGCUCACCAUCAACACCCCGUCGGGCUUGACCGCAUGCCAGCCCUCGCUCCUUAGCUGGUCUGACGGCACCGCGCCGUUCUUCCUGACUAUCCUCCCUGGCGGUCAGACUAGCGGUGCCCUCAAGUCAUUCGACCAGACGGACGCGACCUCCAUCACCUGGAACGUCGACAUCGCCUCUGGCACCUCUAUCACGCUGUCGAUCAAGGACAGCACGGGUAACAUUGCGUACACCGAUGCCGUCACCAUCGCCAAGGGCAGCAACGAGGACUGCGUGAACGGCGAUGCGACCGCGUCCGGCCAGACUGGCUCCGCCGCUGCGACCUCGGGUGGCUCCUCUGCCACCAGCGGCGGUAGCUCUGCCUCCACCACGAAGGCGAGCGGCUCCUCGAGCGGCGGCAGCGGCUCAAGCGCCUCCAGCACCGCGUCGAGCUCCGAGUCGAGCGGCUCCAACGCUGCCAGCGCACGCGCGUUCGCCGCCCCGGCCGGCCUCGCUGGUGUCCUCGGCCUCGUCGGCGCUGCCCUCUUCUAAGCGGCUCGGUAGUCCCGUACUUAUCGAGUAGCUUACGCUUGUGCACGCCUUAUCGCCCUACGCCUUAGCAUCGGACACUACACCUUUCCUUUAGCCUCUGCGACCCGGACUCCCGUUUUAUGCGUAUGUUAGCACAAACUAUUGCGAAAGGCUCAGGUCAUCCGAUGUGGGUGUGCAUGGUAUGUGAGAGGUCGGUCAUGGAGGAUUGAAUAGAGCAUUUAUACCCUAA